AUGUUCUCCAUCUCAUUGCAUCACAAUUUUCUCAUAAUCUAUCCUCAAUCUAAUAAAAUUCAAAAGAUAUCUGUUCUUCUCUCUUACGUACUCUAUCGUUAUGGCUUCGUCACUUCUGACAUCUCCCACAAUGAUCCCCACCACCGGUUCCACCGUGGCUGUCCGAUCAGGCUUACCUUUUAGAUCUUCCUUGCUCUCUCUACACCUUAACCGUCCGUACAACAAGUCAUCUUUGUCUAUCUCAUGUUGCUCCCCUGUGUCUAAAAUGGGAGAGGCUAGUGCGAGUGACCUCAAACCCGUCGUGGAAAGGUGGCCUGAGUACUUACCUCACAAGCUUCCCGACAAGAACUACGUGCGUGUAUUCGACACGACGCUCCGUGAUGGUGAACAAGCUCCUGGUGGAGCUCUUACACCACCACAGAAGCUUGAGAUUGCAAGGCAGCUCGCAAAACUCCGAGUAGACAUCAUGGAAGUUGGUUUUCCGGUGUCGUCUGAGGAAGAGUUCGAAACAGUCAAAACCAUCGCCAAGACCGUUGGAAACGAGGUUGAUGAGGAAACAGGUUACGUCCCAGUGAUAUGCGCCAUCGCACGAAGCAAACCAGAAGACAUUGAGGCGGCAUGGGAGGCGGUGAAAUACGCGAAGAGACCUAAGAUACUCAUAUUCACAUCUACUAGUGACAUUCACAUGAAAUAUAAGUUGAAAAAGACUAAAGAAGAAGUCAUCGAGAUGGCCGCGAGUAGUGUUAGGUUUGCUAAAAGCUUAGGCUUCGUUGACGUCCAAUUUGGUUGCGAAGACGGUGGCAGGUCAGAGAAGGAGUUUCUAUGCAAGAUUCUAGGAGAAUCUAUAAAAGCGGGUGCAACCACGGUGAACGUCGCGGACACUGUAGGAAUCAACAUGCCAGAAGAAUACGGAGAACUUGUAAGCUACCUCAAAGCAAACACUCCUGGAAUUGAUGAUGUUAUCUUUAGUGUUCAUUGUCACAACGAUCUUGGUUUUGCUACCGCCAACACAAUUGCCGGUGUAUGUUCGGGAGCACGACAAGUCGAAGUAACAGUUAACGGAAUAGGCGAAAGAAGUGGGAAUGCACCACUUGAAGAGGUCGUGAUGGCUUUGAAGUGUCGAGGAGAGUACCUGAUGGAUGGUGUCUACACAAGAAUAAACACACGUCAAAUUAUGGCUACUAGCCAAAUGGUUCAAGAAUGUACCGGCUUGUAUGUUCAACCACAUAAACCCAUAGUUGGAGCCAACUGUUUUGUUCAUGAGAGCGGCAUUCAUCAGGAUGGAAUCUUGAAAAAUCGGAGUACAUAUCAGAUCUUAUCGCCAGAAGAUGUUGGAGUUGUAAAAUCUCAAAGUUCCAGCAUUGUUCUUGGAAAGCUUAGCGGACGUCAUGCUGUGAAAGAUCGGCUGAAAGAGAUGGGAUAUGAGCUUGAUGAUGAGAAAUUGAACGAUAUCUUCACUAAGUUCAGGGAGUUAACCAAGAAUAAAAAGAGAAUCACGGAUGAUGAUCUGAAGGCAUUAGCAACGUGUGGUCAUGAGAAUUCACUAAACGGGGCUAACAGUAAAGAGACCAACGACUAUGUAAAAAUCCCACAGAUUUCCUCUGUGGUAUAAAAUAUGUGAACACGUUUUGUGUUUCUGUACCACUUGUUAUCAAGGUUCCAUUUGAUUUACAUGUGUUGUAUUAACGAAUAAAUACAGUAUGAAGUUGAAAUAUUAUGCGCAAGUCAACCUGCAAAACUGCCAAAUUCCGCUCA